CUCAGAGUUGGAAUUAGCAUUAGCGUUUAGCUCAUGCACAACAACUCUGUAGCUUUUCAUUACUGUAAACGUCGGACUACCGCAAAUUAAUUCACGCUGGUUUUAAAUCGCGUGCGUGAAUUAAAGACUUUUGUCUCAGUGUGUGAGUUUUCUGCGUGUUGUCACGUGACCCCACAUGUUUCUAACGUGACUAAUGCUAACCUGUUAGCACCUAAUGCUGUUUGAGAGGUUAAAGGUUAUUUGUGUACAGGACGUUUAUCAGGUAAAAUCAGAUGAAUAAUCAGCAGAAAGAUGAUUUUUCUAAGUGCUAAAACACAACAGCUGCUCAGAAGAGUCUGCAGUUCCUCAGCAGCAGUUCGAUGGCGAUCAGCUCAGCUCAGACUCUUCUGCAGCUCUUCACCAGACGACCAGGAAAAGCCUCCACCGUCGAUUCUGCGUCACCUGACGUCCAAAAUAAAAGCCACAGGUCCGAUUUCGGUGGCCGAGUACAUGAGGGAGGUGCUGACCAACCCUGUGACGGGUUAUUACGUGAAGAACAACAUGCUGGGACCAGACGGAGACUUUAUCACGUCACCAGAGAUCAGCCAGAUUUUUGGAGAACUGCUGGGCGUGUGGGUCAUCAGUGAGUGGAUGGGAGCGGGUCGACCCAAGCAGCUGCAGCUCGUCGAGCUCGGACCUGGGAAAGGAUCGUUGGCCUGUGACAUGAUCAGAGUGUUCAGUCAGCUGAGGUCAGUGCUGGGUGACGCCUCCGUCUCCCUCCACCUGGUCGAGGUGAGUCCGACUCUGAGUCGACUUCAGGCCGAGAAUCUGACUGGGACCAGCAGCCGGGAGGCGGACGCCGAGGACGAGCCGGUUUACCGCAGCGGGGAAACUGCGGCCGGACUCCCAGUGUCAUGGUACCGCCGGUUAGACGACGUCCCCGCAGGUUUCAGCGUCUUCCUCGCUCACGAGUUCUUCGACGCUCUGCCCGUCCACAAGUUUCAGAGGACAGAGAAAGGCUGGAGGGAGGUGAUGGUCGACAUCGACCCAGAGAAGCCGGAGCAGCUGAGGUUCGUCAUCGCGCCGUCGCCGACGCUCGCCUCGUCCACACUCGUCCACGCAGACGAAAGGCGGGACCACGUGGAGGUGUGUGCAGAGGGCGGGGUCAUUGUCCAGCAGCUGGUGCGGCGGAUCGUAGAAGGUGGCGGCGCGGCACUGAUCGCAGACUAUGGCCACGACGGAACCAAGACGGAUACGUUCAGGGGGUUCAAAGGUCACCAGCUCCACGACGUCCUGACCUCGCCCGGCUCAGCCGACCUCACCGCGGACGUGGACUUCAGCUUCCUGCGGAGGAUGGCUGGAGAGGGCGUGGCCUGUCUGGGGCCCGUCACUCAGAGGACGUUCCUGAAAAACAUGGGCAUCGAUGCACGACUGCAGGUUCUGCUGAGGAACUGCAGCGACGCUUCCACCAGGAAGCAGCUGAUCAGCAGUUACGACAUGCUGACUAACUCCGCCCACAUGGGCGAGCGCUUCCACUUCCUGGGCCUCCUGCACCGCAGUCGCUUCACCAAAUCGGAGAAAGUGUCGGGACUGAAGCUGGAGAAGAAGAGUCCGCUGCAGCUGCCGGUGGCCGGAUUCACCGAGCUCAACUUCUCCUGAAGGAACUUCAGAGAAUUUCAGAAACAUGUCGUCGUUAGUGAAGUCUGCUCUGUGAGCGCCCUCUGCUGUUCAGCCAUGUAACAACAGACUCACCUAGAGAAAUCUCACUCAAGCCCAUAGAGAAAAUCAGUGAUUUUAGCUCACGGGGACACAGGAGCUGCUGGUCCUCUGCUGCCUCAUGUGGUCACUUUGUGUCACUGAGGUCAAUCAUAAUGAGGGAUUUAAAAUGCCGACGUGACAAAAUAAGACAUUUGAAGUGAGUGAUGGAGGCAGCAGUGGAUCAACAACUCCUGUGUGUGUGAUGUUAAAAUCACUGGUUUUCUCUAUGGGCUUUGGUGUGGGAGAGUGAGUGGUUUAUAAAAGUCUGUCUCACAGUGAGAUAAAGACGUGAACGUGUUCUGAAGACAUCGUAGACUUACACUGACACAGAGUUGAACGUACAGUGUUCGUACAAAUGGACAAUGUCCCUCAUUUGUGGAACAACAGUCCUUGUCCAACUUCACUUAUUUGAAAUUGAAAUCCUGAUGUUGAA